AUUACAAAAGCUGACGUUUCGAGCGUUAGCCCUUCGUCGGAGCGAAUGAAGAAAGUUCGGCAUUUGACUUAAACGUCGCAUUUAAUUGUGCCGAAUUUAAUUGCCGACUGCGAGUGACAGCUUCAUUUCCAGACUCCGCUCUAAGUCCCCCGCCAAUAUGGCUGACAAAAAUAAGGAGGAUAUUUUGUGUUUUCGGCGUUUAUACCUCUCAAGCAACAUUUGCGCUAACAGGAAACAGAGAAUUAUAAUGCAGAUGGCAGUGCAUCAUCUGCUAGCAAGAAGAAGACGGCUUCUGUAUGUUCAUUCCCUUGUUAUGCUUUUCCUAUCGUAAAGAAAUGCCAUAGCACGUGUCCCAAGACCCCGAUCGUGCCGUCGAUCGAUACGAAAUGAAGGCUGGUGGCACAAGAUCCGGUACACCCCAGUGUCCUGCAGAUCGAGAGCCGAUAUCAAGAAAGCGGAUAUUCUCUGAUGUUGCUUGCCAUCGUAAAAUACUGAAUGCCCGGGUCAAAUGUCCGAAUGAGGAGUGUUCCUGGAUCGGGGAGCUCAGGGAUGUUAAGAAACACGGGGAAUUGUGUUCCUAUCAGCCUGUUCCUUGUCUAAACGAGGGAUGCAGCGAAGAGAUUCUUCGCAAGGAUAUCAUUUCUCACGUAGAGACCACAUGCCCCUGGUCCGUGAUACAGUGUGCGUUCUGCCCCGAUCGUUUCCCGAAACUGGAGAAAAAGGCUCACUGUGAGGUCUGUCCACGCUAUCCCGUUGAAUGCAGUAACAAGUGUGGCGUGAAGGACAUACCGCGAGAAGAGGUCGGUAACCAUACUGAAAAUCUUUGCCCUCUGACUGUGAUAGAAUGUGAGUACAGUGCCAUAGGAUGCCGAGUCAAGUUUCAGAGACGAGAUUCCAAAGCUCAUUUUGAUGCAUUUAAAGACACCCAUCUACACUUGGCCUGCAAGAAACUGGUUGACAUGUCGAAAACAGUCCAAGAACAAGCUCAAACGAUCGUAAGUCUCGAAGGAAAGUUACAACGUUUUCAAAAUUCUCCCUUUAUAUGGAAAAUAUCGAACUUUACCUCUGUUGUGACUGAAAGCCCAGUGAAAAUUAGCGAUCCGUUCUACUCUUAUCGCAAUGGGUACAAAUUUCAGGUGGAGCUAUAUCCAAAUGGCUACCAUAUCGAUGAUAAUGCUGGCAGUGAGGGACAAUUCAUGUCAAUUUACCUCAGAAUUCUUGUAGGGGAAUAUGACGGACUUUUAAUAUGGCCGUUUAACCACACGGUUGUGUUCACGUUGCUUGACCAAAAUGAGUCCAUGGAAAAGAGAAGACAUUUACGUCAAGAAGCUCAUCAGACUCCUAAUGGACUUGUAAGACCAUCAGAAGCUUCCGAAGAAGCUUGUGGUGUUUGGGAAUUCGUGCAUCACAAGGAUUUAUUUAAGCGUCCAUACAUCAAAGACGACACAAUAUUUAUCAAGUUCGCGUUUGUGGAACACAAAGAUAGAAAGUUCUCGAGAAUUUUCCCUGGAGACUACGAUGUAUAGUCCAGGAUUAAUUAAAAAAAGCUAGUAUCCGUUUUGUGCCAGUAAUGUCUGUACCUGAAUUUUUCAUCGGUGCAGUUUCAUGAAAGAAGGUUCAAAAGGCACAUUUACAGUGGCAUAUUCAUCGUGAAUUGUGGUAAUGAAAUAUUAUACGAAUUAAAACUAAAUAGUUAUGA